AUGGCUGAUAAGAGACUAAUGGGAAAAAGGCAAAUAUUUGUUAAGUCAGUAUCUGAAGAUACCCUUAAUGACUUGUUGGAUGUUAUAUCAAGCAACAGUGGUUUACAGUGCUGUGUACGAUUUAGAGGCACCGGAUCACACCCUUCAGAAACUCUUGCAACAGGGGCAGCAGCCACAGAACACACAGGCAAGCUCAAGCUUUGUCCCCAUGAAGACUUCCUGGAACUAUGCAGAAAAAAGGCUGGAAAUAUUUAUCCAAUACGAGAGAAAGGGAACCGCACUCGCCUGGCUCUCAUCAUUUGUAACACAGAGUUUAAAAAUCUUCCCAGACGCACUGGAUCCAACCAUGACAUCACUGGGAUGAAGGGUCUGCUUGAAGACCUGGGCUACAAUGUCCAAGUGGAAGAGAAUCUCACAGCCAGGGGCAUGGCCUUAGUGCUAAGAAGAUUUGCGGCCUGCCGCGAGCACAUAACUUCAGAUAGCACAUUCUUGGUGUUUAUGUCUCAUGGAAUCCUGGAUAAAAUUUGUGGAACUAUGCACAGUGAUGAAAAGCCAGAUGUCUUACCUUAUGACACCAUCUUCCAGAUUUUCAAUACCCACAACUGCCUCUAUCUAAAGGAUAAACCCAAGGUCAUCAUCAUCCAGGCCUGCAGAGGCGGGAACAGUGGGAUGCUGUAUGUCCAUGACCUUCCAGCCAUGUCAGAAGAUGGCUCUAUUUGGUCUCUAGAAGGCCUAACAGAUGAUGGCGUCCACAAGACCCACGUGGAAAAGGAUUUUGUGGCUUUCUGGUCCUCAACCCCACAUAAUGUUUCUUGGAGAAGUGCAAGUGGUUCUCUCUUCAUCAAUCAACUCAUAAAUUAUGUUCAAAACUAUUCUUGGUGUUGUCAUCUAAUAGAAAUAUUUUUGAAGGUUCAAAAAUCAUUUGAGGAACCAGAGUUUAAAGUCCAAAUGCCCACAAUUGAAAGAUCAACUAUGACCAGACAUUUUUACCUCUUCCCAGGCAACUAA